AUGUCGGACCCUCCAGAGCCUUUGCUUCAGGGGCAGGGGUGGGCAAAGAAGGCCAUUGCGUUUGUGAAGGCCUCUCCUACUUCUGUUGCUGAUGCGCUGCUUUGGUCAUCCGAGACUAUCCCCACAACAUCCCUUUUUAGUGGAGCUUGCUACCCGGAGAGGGCCCUGCAUUACAUUGAUUCUGCUAGGUCUGAAGGGGCAGGCGGUCCUGCGUUGACAGAGUGCAUGUACACCUGCGAAAACAACGCCAAAGCUCGUACAUCCCACGCGGAUGCCAUUGGCGACAACUCAUGCCGCUUUGUCAAUGUGGAGGAUUUCAUAGAUCCGGAUACCCUUUCAGAAAUGUCAAAAGUGAAAGCUUCCAAGACUACCAAGCGUUUUGAGAAGUGGUUGCAGUUGGUGAAGAAGGGAAAGCAUCCACCAAACGCUUUCUGCUGCAAACACCUCAAGAAGUGUCCAAUUCGAAAAGGUUUCUUAGAUCUCAGCGCUUCAAUGUGCAUUGCCUACAGUUCCAUGGGGUGUGGGGAGGGCGGCGAGAACACCAAUGGCCGGUUGCUGAUCAUCUACAUGCUGUAUCAUUUCCGGAAGGGCACCCCUCUUCUAGCGCACGAGAAUGUGCCAGGAUUUGAGACGGAGAAGAUGAAGGAUACUGCAGAGCAGUACGGCUACAGGUGUGUUUCUAUCUGGUGCAAACCAAUGGACGUGAAUUUCCACGUUGGCCGGCCUCGAAAGCAACACACCUGCAAUAAGCAGAUUGGGAUUCUGCUUGCUGCAGAUGGGUGA